CAAGCGGCUAUAAAUUCCCCACCACGCCACCCCGCGUAUCCGCUCCUCCAAUAGAGGCGAGAAUUCGACAAAUAAUUGGCGGUGCGAUGGAAGAGCUUUACGAGGCGGACGUGAUGUGGCCGGACAACCACGACCGUCCGAUGGGAGGAUCCAACGGCUAUACGUCGCCGAAGAGGAUGAGGGAGCGGGCCGAGAGGGCGGCAUCGGCGGCGCCGGUGGAGAUACCGAGGGCGAGGCGGGGGAGCGCGGGUGAGAGCCUGGGGGACGAAGAGGGGGCCGCGGAGCUGAUCCCGCCGCACGUUCUGGUGUCCCGCAGCAGGACGGUGGGCAAGGUGGCGUUCUCGCUGUGCUCAGGGCAGGGGCGGACGCUCAAGGGCCGGGAUCUGAGGCACGUCCGCGACUCCGUCCUCCGGAUGACCGGCUACCUCGAGGGAUAGAGUCCGCCUCGAGGGUCCAGACCGUAAUGAGAGAGAGCGAGAGCUAGCAAAAAAAAAUGGCGAGCUCUAUGUCGUGUCGUUGUACAAACUAAUUCAAGUACUGUAAUAAAAUCAAAUUAAUGGACAAAAUAUUCUUUUUAAAAAA